AUGAGUGAUACACACUUAGAUCUUUUCUCGUUUCUCCAUCAACUCACCGCCUACUAUCACCCUGCACAUACCACGCGCACCAUGGCCGCCUCUCUCGCACUCACUUCGGGCGCGUCUCUUCUCGCCGCUCCUCGCGUCCGAAUCCAGCCAACCGUGAGGUCGCGAGUCGGUCAACGGGUGGGUCCAGCCAGGGCUCUCUUCGGCGGCGGCAAGGACGGCGAUCUGAGCGCCGAUGGCGCCAAAAACGCGGGGCCGUUCGGCAACAUGGCGAAUCUGUUCGAGACGGUGCGUAAGGCGCAGCAGGUGGUGCAGGUGGAGGCCGUCAAGGUGCAGAAGGAACUCGCCGCGGCUGAGUUCGACGGUUACUGCGAAGACGAGCUCGUCAAGGUGACCCUGACGGGCAACCAGGAGCCAUGCCGGUGUGAGAUCACCGAUGCUGCCAUGGAGCUCGGGGCAGAGAAGCUGGGCGAGCUGAUCACGGAGGCAUACAAGGACGCACAUCAGAAGAGUGUCACGGCCAUGAAGCUACGCAUGAAGGACCUUGCAUCCAGCCUAGGCAUGCCUCCCACCAUGAUGGCGGUGUCGCUAGAUAACGUGGAACCGUUCCUCGCGAGCUGCAAAGAAUCCGGCAAUCAGGCGUAUUCCAACUUCAAGGAGAUCCUCAAGGCGCUGCGCAAUCCCGAAACCCAAGCCGCCGCCAGAAGGUUCCUCGCGGCGCUGGAGGCGGCGAUGCCAGCGGAGCCCGCGGAAGAGGUGAUGCGCACCUUCAACUUCCGCAUCCACACACUCGCGCUCUCCCCGCUUCCCCACUCUGACCACGACCCUGCAGGGGCGCAUCAAAACGGAGCUGCCAGCGCCGCCAGCACCAACGGCAGUGCAGGCGCAGGGGAGAGCACAAGCAGCAGCAGCAGCAGCAGUGGCAAUGGCAGUGCAGGGAGGGGGGCGCGGCAGACGCUAGCGCUGGUGGAGCUGCCUUCCAUCUUCAUCCCUGAGGACUGGUCCUUCACCUUCUACGAGGGGCUCACCCGCCACCCUGACGCCGGGUUCACAGGGCGCGAUGUUGCCGAGCUGGGCUGUGGCAACGGCUGGAUCUCCAUCGCCCUCGCCCACCGCUGGGCUCCCCGCAAGGUGUACGGGUUGGACAUCAACCCACGGGCAGUGCAGGUGGCGUGGAUAAACCUGUACCUCAACGCGCUCUCGCCCCUGGACGGGCUGCCACUGCGCGACAGCGACGGCCUGUCGCUGCUCGACCGCUGCGAGUUCCUCGAAUCCGACCUGCUUGGUGCGCUCUCUGAGCGCGGGGUCACACUCGACCGCAUCGUCGGCUGCAUCCCCCAGGUGCUGACGCCCGAUCCCAAGGCAGCGUUGAAGAUAGUGUCGGAGACGAUGAGUGAGGAGUUUCUGUACUCGCUGUCCAACUACUGCAGCCUGCAGGGCUACGUAGAGGACCAGUUCGGACUCGGGCUCAUCGCUCGCGCCGUGGAGGAGAGCAUCGCGGCGCUCAAGCCCGCGGGCGCGCUGCUCAUGAACAUGGGCGGCCGCCCCGGCAUGGCCGUGUGCGAGCGUCUCUUCCGCCGCCGCGGGUUUGAGAUCGAGAAGCUGUGGCAGACAAGGGUGUUCCAGGCGGCUGAUACGGACAUUCAGGCGCUGGUGGAGAUCGAGAGGCAGAGCCGGCAUCGCUUUGAGUUCUUCAUGGGGCUUGGGAUGGGGGCCGCUACUACGGGUGAUGAGCCCAUCAGUGCAAGGACGGCGUAUGCGUUUGCCAAGGCGGGUGGAAGGAUUGCGCAUGGGCUCACGGUGUUUGAGUGCCGCCUGCGCCAGCCCAACCACGUGAAGGAGCUGUUCCGGUGGCUGGCUCGCCCAGAGUACGCAGCGACACGCAGUGCAGUGGACCUGGCCUUCUCCUCCAAUGCUGUGGCGGACGAGAAGACGCCCUUCCUCGCCACGCUGCUGCGCACGCUGCACCACGCCUCCCUCGCCCCCUCGCCCUCGGCCUCCUUGACCCCCUCGCCCCCCGCGCUGUGCCCGUCGGACGAACCCCCUGCUGGCACGCUGCGCUUCCGCUCCCAGGUCGCCGGCUUCCUGCGCCUCUACUUCCGCGCCCCCCUCUCCGCCCAGAACGUGGUGGUGCUGCCCACGCGCGCCACAGCAGUGGAGAACAUUCUGCGCCUCUACCUGCCGGGCCUCGCCCUCGUUGACGCCUCCCUCACCCGCCACCUCCCCCCCGCCUGGCUCGCCUCCGCCCCACCUGAUGGCCCACCCUCCAACACCGCCACUCAAGCUCAGUCCACCCCAGUGGUGCUGGAGGCGCCACGCCGCAGCGACCUGCUGCUGAAGCUGCUGCGCGCCCUGCGCCCCGCAGUGCUCAUCGCUGCACUCCCCGACUUUGAGAUGCGCUCGCCCACAGCGGUGCACCUCCUUCUGGCGGCCGCGGCAGAGACCCACACGCGCGUCUUCUUCGACAUCUCCGACCACCUUGAGCUCUCCAGUGUGCCGCCCAGCAACGGCGUGCUACAGUACCUGGCGGAGCAGGCGCUGCCGCCCCAUGCAGGAGUGAUCUGCGGGCUGGUGCGCAACCAGGUGUACAGCGAUCUCGAGGUCGCCUUCGUGCUCGCGGAGUCGUGCCCGCUGCUGGCGUGGCUGGCGGGCAUGGGCGAGCUGACGUACUUCAGAGUGGCGCGCAUGAAGCAGCUCUACUACGGCUGCCUGCUGGACGAGCUGCUCUCCUUCCAGAUCCCCGACCGUCACACCGUCGCUGAGCGGCCACUGCAGGACGACCCGCCCGCAUCGCCCUUUAUCUCCAUCCAUCCCAACGCCGCGCGCGCCUUCAACCACCCCACCCUGCGCACCCUCUCCCUCACCCACGCCCUGCCCUCACCCUCGCCCUUCUGCUCCUCCACCACUGUCACCACGGGCAGCACAGCAGCAGCAGCGCAGGCAGGGGCGGGCCCCACAGUGCCCCCCACGGUGCGCAUGGACGUGGGGUCGGGCGCGCUGCCAGCGCCGUCAGUGGUGCAGCCCCUCGUGGUGGAGGGCUUCGUGCGCCAACACCUCAAUGAAGCCGAAACCGACCCCCGCGCUGAGAUCCUGCAUCUGCUGCACCGCGAGUUUGGGGUGAGGGCGGAGGGCACGACAGUGGUGACGGGGGACGGGUCGAGGGUGCUGUUUGUGCGCCUCAUGGCGGCGUGUGCUGCCGAGGGCGGCACGGCAGUCUUCCCAGCGGGCUCAUACGGCACGUGUCUGGCGGCGGCACGGCUGUGUGGCUGUGAGGUCAAGGUGCUGCCCGUCACCUCGGCUGACACGCGCUUCACACUCACAGCAGACCAGCUGGAGGCAGCGUUACCAGGAGUGACCCGCCCAUGGCUGGUGCUGUCAGCACCAGUGGUGAAUCCCACGGGGGCGCUCUACUCGCCUGAGCACCUCGCCUCGCUGCUGGCCGUGUGCAUGCGCGUGGGCGCACGGGUCAUCCUCGACUCUGCCUUCCACUCGCUCACCUUCCACGCCCAACCCCACCUGCACCUUGAACCCUAUCUCGCCCGCACGGGGGAUGACGUGGAUGGGGAAGGGGAGGGGGAGGGGCAGGGGCAGGGGGAGCGGAGAGAGAAGGCGCACGAGCGCUAUGCGCUGGUGCUCAUGGGGGACCUCUCGCCUCAGCUGUCCACGCUGGGCAUCCAGUUUGCCUACGUGGCAUUCUGGGAUUCGUCCUUCAAGGAGGCCCUCAGCACCGCCGUGCCACCUCAUCGCACGCUGCGCUUUGCUGUCAAGCGAAUGCUAUCCAACGAGGUGGCAGCGGAGCUCGCGGGGGAGAUGGCAGUGCGGCGCGAGCAGCUGCAGCAGAGGGCGGACCAGCUAUGCCAGGUUCUGUCAACCUGUGGCUGGGACCCCAUUCGCCCAGAGGGGGGAAUAUUCCUGGUGGCACGCCCCACGGCCUACGAGGGCAAGCAGUUCACGUACCAGCCGCCGUCAACCAAUGGCGAUCAAGAGCCUCAACCUGUCACAGUCACCCUCGAUAGUGUCAAUAUAUCCGAGGCGCUGUUCUCAUCGACAGGGCUGAUGAUCAACAAUAGCGACUGGACGAGCAUUCCCGGCUACUGCCGCUUUGUGCUGCUCGUCGACGACCACCGCUUCAACCUCGCCCUUCACGGCAGUGGCAGCGCGUGCGCGCAGAGGCUGGACGCGCCGAGCAACGCGAUGGGCGUGGUGCUGCUGUGCGUGAGCAUAAUCGGGCUGAUCGGCGCACUCGUGCACGAGGGGUGCCUCGAAUUCCUCUUCCUCUGCUGCUCCGCCGCCCUCACGCUCGCGCUUUUGGCCUACUCAGCUUUCGCCCUGGCAGUAACAGCGCCGUCCCCCAGUGCCACGGUGGGCGCGGCAGGGCAGGCGGUGUAUGACGUGGCGGGUUUCUCGCCGUGGCUGCAGGGGCUGGUGGCGCAGGCUGAGGCAUGGGAGAAGAUACAGAUCAUUCACUCCGCAUUCUCUUGGGCUCUUAUCUAUUCGCCCUUACACUCGCAUUCGCCCCGGCGCCAUUGGAAUGGUUUCGAGGGAUUAGGCCAAUCGGGCACGAGCAGAGGACGGACGGUCACGAUGAGGACUGAGAAGCUGCUGACGGCGAUCGCGAACACGCUCAUCCUCUGCCUCGCGCUCGCCCUCAUCGGCGUAUCGCUCUACACCACGUGGAGCUCGCCGCCCAGCACGUGUCUGAUCAUGUAUCAGAUGCCGCUGAUGGCGAUCGGCGCGGCGCUGUUCAUCGGCGCGCUUGUGGGGCUGCUGGCGCUGGUGUGCGACAACUCGUGCCUCGUGUGCAUGCAGCUCACCGUCUCCUUCACCGCCAUGUGGGCGCUCCUCGCCUUCGCCAGUCAGUCCCCGAAAUACCCCCCCUCCCCCCACGACACAUCUUACCCCCGCACGCCCUUUCCCUGCCCCGCCUUCCCCUCCCGCUCCGUAUUUCCCCACUUAUCGUGCCCCUAUCCUCGAGUCGCCAUUUUUUUUUCGGCAUUCCACAGUUCAAAUGCGGUAUUCGCGCUGGUGGUGACGGGGCCGGGCGGCGCGUCGACAGAGAAGAGCCGCGGCUUCACGGUGUUCGAGCCGGCGCAGUUCAGCGCGUGGAUGCAGCAGCAGGUCGCGGGGGACCGCUGGGCGCCGCUCGCCUCGUGCCUCAGCGGCGCGCGCACGUGCGGGGACGUGCGCAACUACAUCGGGCGCAACCUCAAGAAAGCGCAGCUCUCCCCCCUCGAGGCGGGGUGCUGUCUCCCCCCCCAGGGCUGUGUGCUGGGCGGGCUGAACAUGUCAGCGCCCGUCUACUACUCAUUCGCCUUCGACCUCCCCACCAUGCCCAAGCUGCCCCUCCCCUCCGCCGACGCCGCACCCACGGUGCAGCGCAGCACGAGCAACUGCAGCGGGUUCAGUGCGGAGCCAAGCCAGCUGUGCUACAGCUGCCCCUACUGCCAGGGCGGGCUGCUCACACUGCUGCGUGAUAACCUGCGCAUGGAGGCCUUUGUGGCGCUGGGCGUGUUCAUUGCUGUGUUCAUGCUGCUGCUCAUCGCCUGCUUCGCCUACUGCGGCGCCCGCCCUGAUGAUGACGAGGAGAAGGGAAAGAGCAAGAAGACGGAGAUCAGCCUGGCCAAGCAGCAGACGUUUGUGAUUGCGGAUCAGCCGGCAGCGCAGCUGCUGUCCGUGCCAACGUUCCAGCGCACACUCACCAUGGCCGACGGCGGCGGUGGCGGCGGGCCUGCAUUCACCCGCAGCACCACGAUGGUGGACAACAGUGGUGCCGCUGCUGCGGCUGAGUCGAAUGCGCAGCUGUCGCGCACGCUGACACGCAUCGAGCAGGCUCUGGGGGCGGACCUGCAGCAGUUCAAACGCACCAACACCAUGGCGGGUGGUGGCGGUGCUGAGCAACGGGAAUUCAACCGCACACGCACGUUCCAGUUGAGUGCAGAUGGAUAUGGUGAUGGAGGGAGGGAUGGAGAGGGGCAAAAGGGGCGGCUGUUGGGGAGAAUAAACACCCUGGAGUCGUCAAGGGGCUCGAGAGGGGGUGAGCAUGGCACUCAGCACAGCAGCACGUCCAGGCGGGGUGAGGGCGGGUCGAGAGAGCGGCUUUCACACCGCGUGGACAGUGAGAGGGGCAGACGGCGGGAUUAUGAUGAGGAGAGUGCAAGGGACUCGGAUGACAUGUCAGGGGAAGAGGAGUACUACGAGGAUGAGGAUGAUGUGGAGGAUGUUGACCUGUAUGACUAG